UCUAAUGAGCUUCCGUGCCGCGAGAGAACGUCAUCUCCCCCGUUUGGGAUUUUAUGUAUGUGUGUAAAAAAAGAGUGUGGUGAAUGCGAUUAAAUGAGCUCAGGAUGAAAUUGAAGACACGGACGUGUGUCUUAGUCUCCGUCGUAAUCUCCACUUUGAUCUUCCAUGUCGUCUACUUCAUCGCUAUCGCGGACAACCGUCCAUUCUACAGGUGAAGUUCGUUCAUCAGGGAUCGAAAUGUCACUAUGAUGGAAAUCGACAAUAAUUUGCUGAUGGCCCGUUUGCAAGAUCGUCGACGAGAUGAAGGAGAUGGCGUUUCGUGCAAACACCCAGUGUUGGAUAUUUUUGACGAGGCGAUCAUGAAGUUUUUUCCACCGAGCCCAAAACUGGAUUGCGCAUCCGAACCCCCUUGGGUCCACCUGCGUGGGGACAAGGUUGUGGUUGACCAAAAUCUAGUCCGCGAACGAAGCAUUCGAUGCAAUUUCGCAGAGGUUUUGCGAGCUACAGAAGAUCUCAACCGUCGAGGUCCCACCUAUUCAACAGACAAAGAACAUAAAUUCCGCCUUUCCGACUUCGUUGAAGCUAGUUGUACAGAUAGACACGGCAACAAAUGGGAAUCAGUCAUAGCUGGUGGAUGGCGUAAUGAAAAAGUUGCUUCCACCACUGGUUGGCAGUUACUGUCACCUGAUGGUUUGCCCGUCAAUGUUCUCAUAUGGGGUCAAGAUUCCAUUUCUCGAAACACUUUCGUCAGGAAACUGCCGAAAACGUAUGAAUUCCUAAUGGGAGCCCUUGGAGGGAUCGUGUUGAAAGGCUACAAUAUUGUGGGUGACGGAACUCCUCAAGCCAUAAUACCUCUGAUGACUGGGAAAACCGAGAUAGAACUUCCUGACGCUCGGAAACGGAUGGGAGAUGCGGCGAGUUCCGUGGAUGUGUAUCCGUUCAUUUGGAAGAAAUUUAAAAGCCGGGGAUACGUGACGGGUUACCUGGAAGACGGACCCGACAUCGGUACUUUCCAGUGGCGUCUGAAGGGUUUCAAGGAGCAACCCACGGAUCUCUAUUCUCGUCCCUUGUAUCUGAGCCGGAAGCGACUGGGUUUGAGUCCCCGUUGUCAUCACCGAAACUCCACAAAUCUUAUGGUUCAAGAGUACUUCAAAGCUGCGUGGGACGCGUAUGUGGACAAGCCCAAGUUCUUCUUCCAGUUCCAAAGGGAAUUUUCCCACGAUGACCACAACGCUAUCGGGAUCCUGGAUGAGGAAAUCCUCGACUUUUUCAAGUGGUUCCACCAUAAUGGUCAUUUGAAUCGAACGAUUUUGAUUGUGAUGACUGAUCAUGGACACCGGUUUGCUGCCAUUCGGAAAACGCAUCAGGGCAAGCUGGAAGAACGAAUGCCCUUUUUCUACUUCCGGUUUCCAGAAUGGAUGAGAUCUCGGUAUCCCGAAGCUUUGAAACAUUUUGAAGAGAAUUCGGAUUUAUUGUCGACGCCUUUCGAUGUUCACGAAACUCUGGUGGACAUUUUGCAUUUCAAGUCUUUGGACUUCGAUGCCAAGAUUGAAGAUGAUGAUGGAUCCAUGCCCCGAGGCAUCAGUUUAUUCAGACGCGUCCCCAGGGGCAGGACUUGCACGGAUGCGGCCAUUGAAGCCCAUUGGUGCGCAUGCCUUCAGUGGGAACCACUGGAAACUGAAUCGAACCAGUCGAGAGACGUUGCGAAUGCCGUUCUCAAAGUGAUCAACGAGUACAAUGCGCAGCAAUUGACGCAGUUUCGGGCCAUGCCUGGCGUAGAGCAGGACAUGUGCGCGAUUUGGCAGCUAGCGAAAGUCGUGUGGGCCACCAGAUUUGCCAGCAACUCGAAAAUUUUGCAAUUUUCGCAAAGCAAGGAUGCUGAUGGAUUCCACGCGCAGCUUGACGCCUCAACGAAGCCAGCUGUAGAAAUUUAUCAGAUCUCUUUGACAGCUGAACCCGGAAAUGGUCAAUUUGAAGCCACUGCCCAUUUCAAUGUAGAAAAGAAAUCUUACAAAAUCGAGAUAUCGCAACCCGGAGCAGCCAAAAAUUUUGCCUGCUCCAGGCUCCGCUCCGCUCCAGCUAAAAUUGCUCUGCUCCGGGCUCCAGGCUCCAGCUCCGCUCCAAAAAUUUUGCAAUUUUCGAAAACCAAGGAUGCUGAUGGAUUCCACGCGCAGCUUGACGCCUCAACGAAGCCAGCUGUAGAAAUUUAUCAGAUCUCUUUGACAGCUGAACCCGGGAAUGGUCAAUUUGAAGCCACUGCCCAUUUCAAUGUAGAAAAGAAAUCUUACAAAAUCGAGAUAUCUCAAGUCAGUAGGAUAAACAAAUACAAAACACAAGCCGGUUGUGUUGCUGAUAAACUGCAUCAGCUACGGAAAUUCUGCAAUUGUUUGAAGGGUGACACACACCAUGAUCAUCACGCCUCCUCAGUUCCCCACGCCCAGAGCUGGUGGGCCUGGGGAACCCCCAUGAGGAAGCCCAUGCCGAGGACUUCAGAGCAGGUCUUAUCAACUGGUGGUACGAUACCCCUAGUUUUGGGCUUGCUGCCACUGGGUAUAGGGGCCUAUACAAUCCCCAGAAUUUUGGGGAACCCCCAUGAGGAAGCCCAUGCCCAGGACUUCAGAGCAGGUCUUAUCAACUGGUGGUACGAUACCCCUAGUUUUGGGCUUGCUGCCACUGGAGAGAAUCUUGAAUGGGUGCUGAAUUUGGAUCUGGAUGGGCACCCACAUAAUCCCGACAGCAGUGUUUGA